AUGUGCUCCGGCAAGAGAGUGUGGAAGCCAAUGGGAAGAGAAGUGAUCGAAAUCGACAUCUCAUCACUGGAGCAGGAGAUUAUCGACGAACUUUUCCGUAGCGUAACCUACAUAAAAAUGUGCAUCAUCCUUCGACAAUCACAAAUUCGGUAUCUGCGCAUGCCACAUUUGAUUGAGCUGUUCUCAUGCGAGCCAGGUCGACCAGCAUUCACAAUAGAAGGAAAUAUGUAUCUUGAAGUAAUUGAAGUGUCGCCAAUGUUUGAAUGGCAAAUUAGUUAUGAGCCCUUCACGAUUAUAUACAAUCCAGCGCUACGACAAUAUCCUCCGUUGCGCCGAUGCAAGUACUGUGUGUUUGAGCCGAAUACAAGAUGUGGAGUGACCUGGCCGGCGCUGGCAUACACCACGCUUGAGGAGAUAUUGCAGAACUGUAUGGGAAAACCAAGAAUUGUAUUCACCGAAGUGGUCACCGUCACUCAGAAGCAGUUCACACAGCUUUGUUCUCAAGCCCUAUAUCUGCAAAUGUGCUUCAAUAUCACUAAUACCGACUACACGUCUGUUAGCUGCCCCAUGUUACGAGCAGUGACGCCUUGCCGUCCAGGGAGACCAGCAAUUGAAAUCAUCAACAAUCCUUAUUUGACGAUAGUGGAAAUCCCUACAACAGUUGUUAUCCCGGUUAACGAAAAUGUCAUUAUCAUCGACAGGAACGCACAGCUUUCGCCUGUGAUUGUCCAGCAGCUGCAACAAGUCUGUCCUAUGUGCCAAAUUCAGAACGAUUAUUCAACUUGUAGCGAGUUAGAUGCCAUUGAGGACACUGUAACAUUCGUCGAAAAAUGUGCAGGACAACCAAUAAUCACCUUCAAAUAUGGAGUGGAGCAGCCACUGAUUCUGACAGAAGAGCAAAUCACAAGAUUGUUCGUAAAUGCUGUUGAAGUUCAGAUGUGCCUCAUUGUCAGAAUGUCUCCCAUACGGCAGCUGGUAUUCCCGAAAUUGAUGCAAUGGACGUCUUGUGCACCAGGAAAAAAUGCCUUGGUUGUUGCCUACAAUCCCCAGUUGGAAGUACUAAGCUUCCCUGCUUGUAACAACCAGGAGUGUAUAGAAAGCAUCGUCGUAGAAGGCAAUCCCUAUCUCCCGACCGAACAAAUCAAUGUCAUUCAAAGCUUCUGCCUGACCUGCCACUUGGAAUACGGUGCACCAGCCUGUGGCCUUGGAAAUCAGGAAAUCUCCGCUCAACAGCUUGUCAAUGCUUGCGCAGGACAACAAAUGAUCGUUCCGGCAGCGAACUCCCCUGGCAUCAUCAUUUACUCGAAAGAUGUCACCGAAUAUGAACUGAAUAGAUUCUGCUACAAUGCAAUUUACAUGCAAGCGUGUAUUGUAGUAGAAAAAUCCACCUUCACCAGUCUUCAAUGUCCUUACCUCGAGGAGAUUGUGCCAUGCCAGCCAGGACGAGCAGUAUUCGAAAUGAUUGAAAAUGUCGAUUUGGUGACUUUUUCGAUACCCUCGACGGUGGUUUUCCCCGAAAGAGAACAAGUAAUAAUAGUGACUGGAAAUCCUUUACUACCACAAAGUACCAUCACUAAAUUGAAAAAGAUCUGUCCGUACUGCGAUAUCCAGGGUGACUACUCGAACUGCCGUAUGAUAGAAACAUUCGGGAGUGUGGAAGAACUGGUCGAAAAAUGUGCUGGACAACCAGUCAUCAUUGGGGAACCGGGAUUCACAUUGCAAUACAAUCUCACAGAGCAACUACUUACAAGACUGUUCUCUGAAGCUGUAGAGGUUCAAAUGUGCCUUGUAGUCAGAGCAACUUUGAUCACAAACCUGGUAUUUCCGAAACUGACUACAUGGAGAUCAUGUGCACCAAACAGACCGGCGAUUGUUGUGGUAAACAACCCUCUUCUGGAAAAACUACAAUUUCCCAUGUGCACCAACCAAGAAUGCAUCAGCGGUAUUGUGAUUGAAGGGAACCCAUUGCUCUCUGUAUCGCAACUCAAGCAGGUCCAGUCGUGGAGUAUCAGCUACAACCUAGAACCUUACGUACCAGCUUGCGGACUCGGCAAUGGUCCUUUCUCUGUUCAACAAUUUGUGCAGGCGUGUGCUGGACAGCAGAUUAUAAUGCAGCCAGAAGGUUUUGAAGUAACCAUAACAUCGACGGAAGUGACCGAAGAACAAAUGAAUAGUUUCUGCUCUCAAGCUAUCUUCAUAGAAGCCUGCAUCGUUAUAUCAAAUUCACCAUACCAGAGUCUACGCUGCCCCUACCUUCAGGAAGUGCGGCCUUGCAAACUUGGACAGCCAGCCAUCACAAUAGUGAAUAACGCACGAUUGCAAGUUCUGGAAUUCCCUGAAUUGGUGAAAUUCGAGGAGGUUGAGUCAAUGAUAGUUGUGAAGAACAAUCCACUGAUUCCUCCCAGUGAAAUAGCUUUCCUCAGAAAUCUUUGCCCACUUUGUGAUAUCCAGCAUAACAAUUCCACUUGCAAGGAAAUGACAGUCAUGGGAUCUGUAGAAGAACUCGUAGAGAUAUGCCAAGGAGCACCAGUAAUCACUACCGCCGGAGGUCUCGUUAUCCAUGAACAAUUCACGGAACCACAAAUAGUCAAGCUGUUUUCUGGUGCCCGUGAAGUUAAAAUGUGCGCCAUUGUAAACAGCACUUCAAUCGAAAACCUUUCAUUUCCCCAUGUUGUGCGAUGGACAUCCUGUAAGAGCGGCCUUCCGGCUCUUACUAUAACGAAUAACAUGAAAUUGAAGAAUAUCAAGUUUCCCUCUUGUAAACAGAUGGGUUGCAUCGAAAGUGGCGUGAUCAGCGGCAAUUCACUCCUUCCCAGAAAUGUGAAAAACGUUCUCAGACGGUAUUGCAGCAACUGUGCCUUCGGAGAGCAAGGCUUCAACAAAUUCAGUAGCUGGAGCUCUGGUAAAGAUUCUUAG